AUGACUACCUACACCGUCCCCCUCGCCGGCACGAACCGGCCCACGCUCCCGCACCAGCUCUACAACCCCCACCUCGCGCCGAACGAGACGUACACGGUGAAGUUCCAAGAGAUCGUGCGCGACGGGCAGUCGACGGUCGUCGCGCGCAUGAAAGUGCCCACGCCCAACGGGCACGCCUUCAUCCUCCGCCGCCUCGACACCGGCGCCGUCUCGCUCACCACCAUGUUCCGCGCCGCCUUCCCCUCCGCGCCCGAGUCGCAGGAGAAGGACGAGGCCGGCUGGGUCAAGGCCAACUACGAUAUCUCCGGCGCGAACAGGGCCGGGCGCGCGCGCUUCGCGGGCACGUGGAUCCCGAGUGAAUUGGCGAAGAGUCUGGCGGGCAGUUAUGGGCUGGAGCGGAUUCUGGAGCCGUUGUUGGCUGCGGAGCCGGCGCCGAAUACGGAGUAUAGGAGGAGCGCGCGGACCGUGCAGGAGCAGCAGUCGAGCCCCGCGCGCCAGGCGCAGCAGCAGACGCCCACGCCCGCGCCCAGCCAGGAAACCGCCGCCAGCGUCGGGCCCAGCGCGGCGAAGCGCCGUCGCGCAGAGUCGCCCGCCACCACGACCACGACGACGCCCGCGAAGACGCCCGCAAAGAGGGGUGGUGCCGCGAAUGCGAACACGGCGACGCCCGCGGGCAAGCCGCCCAGCUCGGCCGGCCGCGCGCUGAGGCGCUCCGCGCGCCAGCCGUCGCCCGCGCCCGCGCCCAUCCCGCACACCGUCGUCGCGUCCCCGCGCUCGCCCCGCUCGCCGCGGAAGAAGGCCGGCGCGGAGCAGGCGCCCACGCCCGCGGGCAGCGACGCGACGACGGCCGUCGCCGACGACGAGCCGGUUAUCGAGGGCGCCGAGGCGGAUAUGGAGCGGGAUAUUGCGGAGCAGAAGGAGCUUGUUGCGGCGUUUAAGCAGCAGAGGGAGGCGGCGAGGGAGUGGAAUAGCCAGAUUGAACAUGAGGCGGAGAGGAUGGAGAACGAUAAGAAGCGCGAACGCGAAGAAGUAGACGCACCGCCGAGUUUCGAGUUUGUGGAUACGAUGGAUAUUGUGCCGGUUGCGGAGAGGGCGGUGGUCACUAACAGGCGUGUCCUCGGUGUACCGGUUACGAUGACGCCCCAGCGCCGCUCGGUAGCCUGGGGCGCGCUCGCAGCCGCAGCAGCCGGCCUGGCCGUGGCGUACUACCCGUGGUAA